CGGCAAUGUCGAUUAUGACGCCAUGUUUUGAGGCGGCCGAAACAAGAACCCUACGCUUGAGCUUCUCGAGCGCAGAAAGAGCAUCACAGGCGGGCGAGCUGUUUCGGUGGGAGAAAGUAAUGUGAAAGUGAGUGCGAUGCAGGUCUCGCUGUGCAGUUAAACGGGUGAGGUUUUAGCAAGUGUAACAGGUUCGAACGUAACGUUCUGAAGCCACCGCUUCCACUCCAAACCCGUCGCAGGCGCACUGCGGUUGGCUACGGUAUGAUCGGCAAUAUCGCAAGGAGAGUACUGACACGGGCAAAGCACAUGGGCGACGGUUUCCUCGGCAGUGCAGCUCGCUCCACCUCGGCAGCCAGCGAGUCAGCCGUCAACCUGGACAGCUUCGAUCCAACCCAGGUGCAGCUCUUGGAGGAGCAGUGUAUCCUGGUGGACGAGCAGGACCGUGUCCUUGGCUCCGGCAGCAAGAAGGACUGUCAUUUAAUGACCAACAUCAACAAAGGCCUUCUUCAUAGAGCCUUCAGUGUCUUCCUUUUCAACUCCAAAGAUGAGCUGCUCCUUCAGCAGCGGUCUGAUGCCAAAAUAACUUUUCCAGGGAGGUUCACAAACACCUGCUGCAGCCACCCUCUCUAUGUUGCCGAUGAGCUUGAGGAAACGGAUGCUACGGGCGUCAAAAAGGCGGCCCAGCGAAGGCUCUUCAUCGAGCUCGGCAUCAAUCCCAAAGAGGUACCCUUGGAGAGCAUUCGUUACCUGACACGGAUCUUGUACAAGGCACCUUCAGAUUCAACCUGGGGUGAAAACGAGGUGGACUACAUCCUUUUUGUACAGAAGGAUGUUGGAGUCAAGCCAAACCCAAACGAGGUCAAGGAGUCCUUGUACAUUGCAAGAGAAGACAUGCUUCCUUUCAUCACUUCCCUAGAGGCUCAAGGUCAGGUGAUCACACCCUGGUUCAAGCUGGUUGUGGAGAACUUCCUCUUCAAGUGGUGGGACAACUUGCACAGCCUGGAACAGUUUGAGGACCACCAGAAGAUACACCACCUGACUGAAAAGCGCACAUAGCCGCAAACCUUUUAGGUUCUUCCAUGCAUCCUGUCAGUCAAACUCAGGGGCUGGGUGAUCAAUAUUAACAGAGUCUUAUUUUAUUACGAUAACAGACAGGGCAGCAUAUGUUGUGUAUGAGAUACAGUGGACUACAACUCUUCAGAUUAAAUGUGCUUAAUCUAUACCA